AUGUCGACGGCACUCCUCCUCCUGACGGUGCUCCUCUCCUCCAUUGUCUCCGCCCGCGCCGUUGUUCCUCAAGCUCUCGACGGUAACAAAUAUUUGCGCUCUCUUCCCCUGCUCACCAACUUAGCUCAAGCCACUGUGGCCCUGUGUCUUCGUUGUUGUUCUCUUCUGUCGCUUCCCUUGGCGGCUGCCUCCCCCCCUCCCUGGAUUGGGUGUGUGUAGAUUAGGGUUCCUCUGUUGCUGAGCCCUCCAGCUUCUGAGCAUUCUUCAGGUCUUGCCUAUGGAUGAAUGCUGGAUAUGGCUACCAAUCUCACAUAGCAGUCUCCCUCUCGCUUCCAUCAUCUGUCUUAGAUUCUUCAUCUGGAGCUGGCGAAGUUCUCUCCCGCAUCCCUCUCUGCUAUUCAGAACAGCAUGACUCUCUGCCAUAACUUAUCCUUUCUAUUCUCCUUGUCGUCCACUUCCUCAUUGCAGCCUGCGGAUCCUCUUGGUUUAAUGGCGAACUAGUCCAGGGAUUCCAUGACCUCUGUCUAGAUCUGACAUGAUAUUCGAUCUACAGUGCUUUCUAUCUAUAUACCUACCUACUCACAGUGGCCCUUCAAUCUCCGGUUGCAGGGCUGCUGGAGAAUGGCAACUUCGAACAAGGCCCCAAGUCCGGGAAGAUCAACAAGACGGUCAUCAUGGGCAAGCACGCCCUGCCCGGGUGGACCAUCCGGGGCCUGGUGGAGUACGUCUCCGGCGGGCCGCAGCCAGGCGGGAUGUUCUUCGCGGUGGCCCACGGAGUCCACGCCGUGAGGCUCGGUAACGAGGCGUCCAUCUCCCAGAACAUCUCCGUCAAGCCGGGAUCUCUCUACUCCCUCACCUUCAGCGCCUCCAGGACCUGCGCACAGGACGAAGUCCUCAGGGUGUCUGUUCCUCCUCUCUCCGGCGACCUUCCUCUCCAGACGCUCUACAGCAGCGACGGCGGUGACACCUAUGCUUGGGGUUUCACCGCCGCUUCUGCCACCGUGGAGGUCAUCUUCCACAACACUGGAGUUCAGGAGGACCCCGCCUGCGGGCCCCUGUUGGACGCCGUCGCCAUUAAAGAGCUCUUCCCACCCAAGCCCACCAGAGGUGAAUGUAAUCCAUCUCCUCUGCCAUGCUAGUUUCUUGAGCUUGCAGAGGAGUUUGCUCAUGGGUUUCUCUCUGCUCGGUUACAGGCAACCUGGUGAAGAACGGUGGGUUCGAGGAGGGGCCGCAUGUAUUCAAGAACGGGUCCCAUGGCGUCCUCCUCCCGCCAAAGCAGCUCGACGUCACCUCCCCGCUUCCUGGAUGGAUCAUCGAGUCCCUCAAGGCGGUGCGAUACGUUGACUCGGCCCACUUCGUUGUUCCCUCUGGAAUCUCCGCAGUGGAGCUCGUCGCCGGCAGGGAGAGCGCCAUUGCCCAGGUGGUGAGAACAGUGGCAGGAAAGGCCUACAAGCUCUCCUUCUUGGUUGGGGACGCGAAGAACGGCUGUCAUGGAUCCAUGACGGUGGUGGCCUUCGCCGCCAAGGGGGUGGCCAACGUCCCCUUCGUCUCCUCCGGCAAGGGCGAGUUCAAGCCUGCGACGUUGACUUUCGAGGCCAUAUCUGACAGGACUCGUAUCACCUUCUUCAGCUCCUUUUACCACACCAAGGUCUCCGACCCCGGGUCUCUCUGCGGGCCCGUCAUUGACGAUGUCAGGGUCUACCCUGUCUCUUAG